UGUCAUGUGCGCCAGCACCUUCACAAUGUUUAUCACUUUGACAGUUAGCGUUAUGGUAUAUAGCAAAAUGGCUGGAAACUGAAUCAAACUUAAAUAUUUCGUUGUGAUAUUUGAUGGCGAAAUGUGUAAUGUGAUCAAAUGUGGAUAAAAUGUCAAAACAAGUUAAACGCAAAAUCACUGUAGAACUUCCUAAAGCGAAGGAAUUGUUGAAAAAUCGACUGAGCGUGUUUGACCGAUUAGGGACCAAAAAACAGCCGAAAACAGCUCCAGAUCAAACUGAUUCUGAGGCGAAAGUUUGCAGGCAGUGGGCGCAGCAAGGGACUUGCUCUUAUGGCAAAUCUUGUAAGUAUGCCAGUACACAUAAAUUAAUAAGCCCGUCCAAACAGAGGGCUGCCAAAAUUCCGCAAGAAUCGAUUGCGACCAAAAGAAGCGAGGAACCUAACAAACGUUUACAUUCUUCAGUAGUAGUUCGAACGGGAACCGGAAAGUCCGAAGCCUCACAAUGGACCGACAAUGACUUGGAGUGUGCUGACGCUGAUGCUCUAGAGAAACGCAGACAGCAACUGCAGCGAGAACUUGAAGCUCAGAUGAAAAUGGAGUCCAAGAAGCCAAUUAAUGUAGUUGCUAAGAAAGAAGUGAAAAAACAUAAGUCUCCGACAUCUUCUUCUUCCAGCUCUGCAACAAGCUCUGGUAGCAGUUCAAGUUCAGAUGAUUCCAGUUCCAGUUCAAGCACAACUUCUCAUGAAUCUCGAAGAAAGAUUAAACGAAAGCUAAAGUCAAAAAGAGCAUCCAGUUCUUCUUCUGAAUCUGGGCACAAAAAGAAGCCAGCAGUGAAGGUUGUGAAAUCAGGUCACAAACAUGCUGUUAAGUCCAUGAAAAAAUCUAUUUCUCCAAUUAGUAGAUCAAGAAAACGCUCACUGACGCCGCCUCAAAAAUCAAGAAGUAUUUCAAAAACUUCACAGUCACGUAAGUUGGCACGUUCACCAAAAUCUGAUCGAAAAAACACCUCUUUGCAUAGUAAAGAUAAGCUAAGACAUGAAAAAGAGAGAGAGAAAGAAAAAUUACAAUUAGUAAGUAAAGCUGAAGUUAAAGUACAACAAAGAGGUAGAAGUCGGGAUAGAAAAGCUAUUAAAUCAUCAAGAGUAGUUUCUGAAAGUAGAAGUGUAAAAAAUGCUACUAGGCAAAGAUCAAGCUCAGCAAGGAGAAACUCCCAUUCUAGAGAACAGAAAAGAAAGUCUUCCUUAGAUAGAAAGGCUUCACCUGCCAAAUCUAGAACUAGUGGUUGUGGAAGCAGUAGCAGAAGAGACAAAACCCCUCCUCGAGAUGAUGCAUCUAGAAAUCGAGAUGAUAGGAAGCAAGCUCCAAAUUCUUCUGAUAGAAAUAAUCGAAGAAAUGAUUUAAUAAAAGACCGAAAACAUAAUGAGCGUGACACUGAUAGAGACAGAGAUAGAAGAGAGAGGGACCGUAUUGAAAGAGAACAAGCUCGAGAAAAAGAAAGGGAGGAAGCUUUGGCACGGUGCCAAGAACGUCAGCGAGAAAGAGAUAGGAUUGCUAAACGAGAACAAGAGAUUUCCAGAGAACGAAAUGCAAGAGGCAGAUCCCGCGGCGGACUUGAUAAACCUGAUAGAGAUAAACCUGCACCCAGACUUCUUCCUAGACCAGGAGAGAGAGCUUUAGCAUUGGCACAAGCAACAGGUAACACAGAAAAAUUGGCAGCAUUGGAUAGAGCACAUGCUAGAGAAUUGAGAGGUGUUAGUCGUGAUCGCCACAGAGACAGAGAGGAUAGCUCUCGGGAUCUAAGUUCUGGUGGCAACAACAAUGGAAGUGCUGCAUAUCAUCACCAUCAUCAUCAGACGCGAAGGGGUACCCCGCUAUCACCAAGAUCACCUCCUCCUAUAGUUGUUAGGGAACGAGAUAGAGAGCGCGAUAGAGAUCGUGAUAGAGAUAGGGUUAGUUAUGAUGGGGCUAUGGGAAUACCCUAUGAUGAUGAUGGCUUAGAAGGUGAUCCACAAGCAGUUGCUGGCAGAAGACAUGGGUACAGCAGUCCAUUUGAGAGAGACAGAAGACGUGAGGAUUGUGAUAUAUAUGAAAGAUCUAUACAUCAUUGGGAUCGCGAAAGAUCGCGAGAUAACAGAUCUAGAUCAGGAGGACGUGGCAUGUCUCAGACUAUGUCUCCAAGACAUAUGGCUGGUAUGGGAGACUGGAGAGAGCGUUCGCCGAUGAUUAUGGAGGGCUCUCGAUGGACUCCACCACAUGGUCACUAUGAAGCAGAUAGAGAUAGAGAUUCAUUGCAUGAUCAUAGAAUGUGGCCAGAUCGAGAUAUAAGAGAACAACAUCACAGACAAUCACUACCAGAAAGAGAUCACGAAAGGGAGAGAGAUCCUCUAUGUGACCGGGAAAGAGAUCGUGGCUUACCGAGAGGAGCAGUGGGUGGAAACUGGGAAAGAGAAUGGCCACAAGAUCGAGAAAGACAUCAAAUUGCUGGAGGUGACAUGGAUGCAUUACCAGUGCAGUCACAACAUCCAUAUCGCCGCCAUGAAUCGCCAUCAAGGCCACUAAGAGAUGAAAUUAGCGAGCAAAACCCACGACCUGAAGAUGCAAAGAAAAGAUGCUCUGGACCAAGUGUUGAAUUAAGAGAUAGCUUAGUUGAUGAAGAUGAUUUAAGUGAAAUCAGUGAUGAUGCUGAUGAGAUACUGAAUCGAGAAGAUGAACUUCCUGAUGCGUCUACUAAGAGUGAAGAUCAAGAUGAUGUGCAUUACUCACCCCAGCCACAAGAAACAGCAAGCAAUAAUAAAAUCUCUACGAGUGUUACAUCUCAAGCAGAUCCUUGCACUAAAAUAAAACAAGAACCUGUUUCUGUUACUCCUAAAAUAAGUGAAACUAUACCAAAAUCUUCAACAAUAAAUCUUGUUGGUGCUGUGAAAGAUGAUACUAAGAGUUCAGUAAAUGAUGAAUCAAAACCUUCGAAUAUUGCAAGUGAUAGUAUGAAGGUUUUGAAUAGCAGCGACAGUGCAUUAAAAGGUUUGAAUGAUAAUGAAGGCAAUUCUAAAGGAAAUGCUGUGGCUGCUCCUGAGGAUGAUGUCAUGGACAGUCUAGAUUUUGAAGAAAUAUCUGAUGAGGAGCUUGAAGAAGAAACAAAAGCUAAGGGUCUUAGUGAUGUUUUGGGAGUAGACUGGGCGAGUCUUGUUCAGGAAUCUAAGUCAAAAUCAGUUUCAAAUCAAAAUAAUUACAAUGAUCCUCAAAUCCUGAUGGUAGUUGGAGUAUCCAUUGAAAUGGCAGGACAUGAAUUUGCAUCAAAAAUACUUAAAGAUAUUGAUACUUAUCAAAAUAGCUUGAAAAAGAGCAAAGAUAAUGUAGAUAGCAAUAAUGAAGGAGAUGUUGAUGGAGUAAAAGUUGAAGAAAAGACAAAAGUUGGAGCCUCCAAAAAUACAAGCUUCGGUUAUACUACAUCCUAUUGCAUCCAUGCAGAUUACUCUGUGGCCAGCAGACAAAAAGCUAAAGCUCGUGAAGAACUGUUUUCAAUCAAUCCUUCCAUUCACUAUUGUCGUGCUUUAUCAGCAAGACGAGAUUUAGCAAUGAGAAGGCAAUUAUGUGAUCUGCCACCAUAUCAGGAUGAAACUCCUUCUCUGAAACCAUGUCCUGAUAUGUUCCAGAGAUUUAACAGAAAACGAAAUGCAAGAGGCAGAUCCCGCGGCGGACUUGAUAAACCUGAUAGAGAUAAACCUGCACCCAGACUUCUUCCUAGACCAGGAGAGAGAGCUUUAGCAUUGGCACAAGCAACAGGUAACACAGAAAAAUUGGCAGCAUUGGAUAGAGCACAUGCUAGAGAAUUGAGAGGUGUUAGUCGUGAUCGCCACAGAGACAGAGAAGAUAGCUCUCGUGAUCUAAGUUCUAGUGGCAAUAACAAUGGAAGUGCUGCAUAUCAUCACCAUCAUCAUCAGACGCGUAGGGGUACACCACUAUCACCAAGAUCACCUCCCCCUAUAGUUGUUAGGGACCGAGAUAGAGAGCGCGAUAGAGAUCGUGAUAGAGAUAGGGUUAGUUAUGAUGGGGCUAUGGGAAUACCCUAUGAUGAUGAUGGCUUAGAAGGUGAUCCACAAGCAGUUGCUGGCAGAAGACAUGGGUACAACAGUCCAUUUGAGAGAGACAGAAGACGUGAGGAUUGUGAUAGAUAUGUUGAUAGAUAUGAUGAAAGGCGCAUCGAAACUACAGAUGAAAGAUCUAUACAUCAUUGGGAUCGCGAAAGAUCGCGAGAUAAUAGAUCUAGGUCAGGAGGACGUGGCAUGUCUCAGACCAUGUCUCCAAGACAUAUGGCUGGUAUGGGAGACUGGAGAGAGCGUUCGCCGAUGAUUAUGGAGGGCUCUCGAUGGACUCCACCACAUGGUCACUAUGAAGCAGAUAGAGAUAGAGAUUCAUUGCAUGAUCAUAGAAUGUGGCCAGAUCGAGAUAUAAGAGAACAACAUCACAGACAAUCACUACCAGAAAGAGAUCACGAAAGGGAGAGAGAUCCUCUAUGUGACCGGGAAAGAGAUCGUGGCUUACCGAGAGGAGCAGUAGGUGGAAACUGGGAAAGAGAAUGGCCACAAGAUCGAGAAAGACAUCAAAUUGCUGGAGGUGACAUGGAUGCAUUACCAGUGCAGUCACAACAUCCAUAUCGCCGUCAUGAAUCGCCAUCAGUUUCAAUAAAGCCUAAGACUUCUUUGGGUAAUACAAUAAGCAAAGAACAGAAUCUGAAGAGGCCACUAAGAGAUGAAAUUAGCGAGCAAAACCCACGACCUGAAGAUGCAAAGAAAAGAUGCUCUGGACCAAGUGUUGAAUUAAGAGAUAGCUUAGUUGAUGAAGAUGAUUUAAGCGAAAUCAGUGAUGAUGCUGAUGAGAUACUGAAUCGAGAAGAUGAACUUCCUGAUGCGUCUACGAAGAGUGAAGAUCAAGAUGAUGUACGUUACUCACCUCAGCCACAAGAAACAGCAAGCAAUAAUAAAAUCUCAAUAAGUGUUACAUCUCAAGCAGAUCCUAGCACCAAAAUAAAACAAGAACCUGUUUCUGUUACUCCUAAAAUAAGUGAAACAAUACCAAAAUCUGCAACAAUAAAUGGUGUUGGUGCUGCAAAGGAUGAUUCUAAGAGUUCAAUAAAUGAUGAAUCAAAAACUUCGAAUAUUGCAAGUGAUAGUCUGAAGAUUUUGAAUAGCAGCGACAGUGCAUUAAAAGGUUUGAAUGAUAAUGAAGCCAAUUCUAAAGGAAACACUGUGGCUGCUCCUGAGGAUGAUGUCAUGGACAGUCUAGAUUUUGAAGAAAUUUCUGAUGAGGAGCUUGAAGAAGAAACAAAAGCUAAAGGUCUUAGUGAUGUUUUGGGAGUAGACUGGGCGAGUCUUGUUCAGGAAUCUAAGUCAAAAUCAGUUUCUAAUCAAAAUAAUUACAAUGAUCCCUCAAAUCCUGAUGGUGUGGGUGAAAAUUCAUCCAAACGUCUUUGGAGAUACGAAGAAAUUUUACUCAGAGUUGGAGUAUCCAUUGAAAUGGCAGGACAUGAAUUUGCAUCAAAAAUACUUAAAGAUAUUGAUACUUAUCAAAAUAGCUUGAAAAAGAGCAAAGAUAAUGUAGAUAGCAAUAAUGAAGGAGAUGUUGAUGGAGUAAAAGUUGAAGAAAAGACAAAGUUGGAGCCUCCAAAAAUACAAGCUUCGGUUAUACUACAUCCUAUUGCAUCCAUGCAGGUGGCCAGCAGACAAAAAGCUAAAGCACGUGAAGAACUCUUUUCAAUCAAUCCUUCCAUUCACUAUUGUCGUGCUUUAUCAGCAAGACGAGAUUUAGCAAUGAGAAGGCAAUUAUGUGAUCUGCCACCAUAUCAGGAUGAAACUCCUUCUCUGAAACCAUGUCCUGAUAUGUUCCAGGCUACCCUCAAACUACUUGAGGAAAAAACAUGAUCCAAAUAGGCAAGUUAAAUAAAUU